AAAAUUCCAUGUACUUACCUACCUUUCUUCAUACCAAGCCUAUAAAUACAUCACCAAACCCUCCUCUUAUUCUAAAACCUUAUUCUCAUAUAAUUUUUCAUAACAAUCUUGAUAAGAUUUUUUUAGAUAAUUAUUUUUUCGAAGAUCGAUGUACGGUGUUGGCGGAUCGAGCACAGCGGGUUUUGCAGAGGCUUACGCGAUGAGGAAGAUUUAUAAGGAGAAGAUGAAGAUGAAGCUUGCAGAGACAAAAGCAGAGGAAGAUAAUAAGGACAAUAAUGUUGAAGAGAAGAAGAGUAAAAUCUUGAAAACAAAGAAAUCGAAGAAGACCCUCCAGACCAAUCCAAGGGUUUCUUCUGCAGAUUUUUAAAUGUAUAUUUAUUUAUUUUUCUUAACUUUGUUUAUGAUGAUGGGUUCUAAACUUCAAUUUGUUCUUUACUGUAUAAUAUUUUUGUUCAUUAAUAACAAAAACUGUUGGUUUGUUGUGUAUCUAAUGCUUAAGCCAUA